AGUUUUCUGUGAAUUGAAAUCAUGAAGGCCUUCAUCGUUCUGAUUGCCCUGGCUUUGGCCGCCCCCGCCCUCGGUCGCACCAUGGACCGUUGCUCUCUGGCCCGUGAGAUGUCCAACCUGGGCGUCCCCCGUGACCAGCUGGCUCGCUGGGCUUGCAUUGCCGAGCACGAGAGCUCCUACCGCACCGGAGUGGUCGGACCCGAGAACUACAACGGCUCCAACGACUACGGCAUCUUCCAGAUCAACAACUACUACUGGUGCGCUCCCCCCAGCGGUCGCUUCUCCUACAACGAGUGCGGCCUGAGCUGCAACGCCCUCCUCACCGACGACAUCACCCACUCCGUCCGUUGCGCCCAGAAAGUCCUCAGCCAGCAGGGCUGGUCCGCCUGGUCCACCUGGCACUACUGCAGCGGCUGGUUGCCGUCCAUCGAUGACUGCUUCUAAGCCUGAUUCCGACCCUGAAAAUAAAAUGAUUGCAUGAAAAA